AGUGCAUUCUAGCUGAAAAGCAAGCCCUCACCGUGUUCUGCUCUCCUAGAGUAAGCAGCCAUGAGGACUGUCCUGGUCUUCGCCUGCCUCGUGGGGAUGGCGUGCGCCUUCUCGGUCAAGAGCUGGCUGCAGCGAGCCAAGUCGGACGACUCAGAAGAAAACGCGGUGUUCAAGAGCAGGCAUCGGUAUAACCUGUACAGAUACGCCUAUGUGCAUCCUCUGCAGCGACGGUACAAGGGUAGUGACUCAUCAGAGGAAGAGGGGGAUGGCUCUGAGGAGGAGGAGGAAGGAGGGGAGCCAUCCCACGCUGGCAUGGAGGCAGCUGGCCAUCCUGCCGGAGCGGCCCCCGGGGACGGCCAGGGCGGGCUGGGAGAAGAUGCCGCAUUUCCCCAGCAGGGCAAAGGCUGCCAAGGGCCCCUGAAGGGGGACAGGAACAGUGCUGCCGGCAAAGGAAGUGACUCUGAAAAUGAAGACAGUGAGGAGAAUGAGGAGGAGGAAGAGGAGGAGGAGGAGGAAGAAGAGGUAGCCGAGAAUGAGAAUGGCAUCAAUGGCACAAGCACCAACACCACUGAGGGGGCAGAUGGGCCUCAUGGCAAUGGCACUGCGGUGGCUGAGGAGAGCACAGGCACAGCUGAGGAGGAGGAGGAAGAGGAUGAGGAAGAAGAAGAAGAGGAGGAAGAGGAGGAGGAGGAAACUGAAGCCACCACCAUCGCCAGUACCACUGGCAACGAGGGGCUGUCUGAGGCGACCACUAUGGGAGAUGUGGGACCCACAGAUACCACCACAGCCCGGGAGCAGUGGGAAUAUGAGGUUACAGUCAGAGGCCAUGACCCAGGGAAUGAGGGCACCACUGAUGGCAGCUAUGGGGACCAGGAUGACUAUGCCCGUGGGGACAGCUACCGAGCCUACGAGGAUGAGUAUGGCUACUACAAGGGGCAUGGCUAUGAUGUGUACGGCCAGGAUUACUACUACAGCCAGUGA